AAGAAAACACAGGCAUCAGCUGUGAGUGCAGUGCAGUCAUCAAACGAUGCAGUAGGGGUUUGGAACAUUCCCUUCUCUACAAAUGUAUGAAUUCCAUCAGCAGAAGGCAGAGGAAUGUGAACAGGAAGUGUAGGGACCCGCUGACACCUGGAAGCACUCAAACAUUUUGUUACCAGGAGUGAAGUAUGGGCAGUGAGUACCAGCCACUAUCUUCAGCAGAGCCUUGCACAACUUUCUUCAUCGAGACGUCAGAGUGCUUUAUAUGCCGGGAUGUUGAACUUCAAGCCAGUGGCCCACUGAGGAAUUUUUGUGACUGCAAGAAUUCACUUUCUCAUCACGCAUGUCUAUCUACAUGGAUCCAGAAGGGGUGUGGGAGCAAAGACAGGCUGCGAUGCGUCAUCUGCAAAGCCAAGUACCAGCUCCAGAGGAGAUCUCCGUGGCUGUCGCUUGCCUUGCAGUGGCGGACGUGGCUCGUUCUGAUCACUGUCCUGGUUCUGCUGUGUCUGGUGCCUUACGCCGUUCACUGCAUGAUGACCGUCUUCACCGAUCCACCUCCACCCACCACCUUUAAAGUGGCUGCAGCCACUUUUGGCCUUUUGAUGGAGUUCCUGUUAAUCAAAUGUGCGUGGAGCUACAUCGGCGUUCAGUACCAGCAGGCUGAGCGGAGCUCCUUCACUGUCCGGCACCGCGGUUCGGAGGAGGGUGCGUCGGGCCGGAGCUGCUGGUACCGGUGUGGGUCCCUUUCAGCAGAGGCUGGUCGCGCUCCAGCAGCGGACUCACCCAUUGGAGAGAGGAAAGAGAGUGAGUUCAAAUCUGCAUGUCUUACCCUGUAGGCUUUCCUGAACUAUUAACGGGAGGGGUUUACAGAUUACUGUGUGAGAGCAAAGCCUUUGGGUAUUAGACGUGCCUAACAGCCAUUAAAGAUAUCACAGUUUCCGUUUAUCAGCAUGGCAUUUAUGAAAUCUUACACUUUAAAACCUAUUUUCGAAGUGUCAGAUAUUCUUGUUUUCCCCUAUGUGGAACCCUCACACUCUCACUUUAUUCAGUGGAUAUAUACGCGUGUAUUGCAAAUUGAUGAUGGGGAGGAGAGCACACGCAGCUUCCAUGAGUGUUCAGGCUCCGAGUGGGGGAAAAAAAGCCUAAAAUCACUGUCUUUCCUUAAUGAUGCCCACACAGAGACAAUGGGGCGCCGCUCUGAUUAGUGUCACCUGUCCUUGCGCAUCUCAUCAGCUCCAUUAUGGUUCUAUCUCCCAUGCUUCUCCUGCUAAUUGAAUAGCCUGUGAAGUGGUGACGAGGACGAGGGUGAGAGCGCCGUCUGUCCCACUGCUGCCUCAGAAAUGAGCGUGAAGCGUCUCGGUACAACACUAGAUCUUAAGCCAUUAACAGCAAACUGUAAGAAGCUCUUGUUAUAUCACUAUCAUGUCAAUUAUCUUUAAAUCUAAAAGGGUGACUACGUGUGACUGUAUAAUAUUCAUGCAUUAAAAAAGAUACUGUUCAAUGUCCUAGUGCACAUACUGUAUCUUUGGUGUCAGACAGCAGGUUCACAUUGCGGACAAUCGUGAGAAGCUGAUGUUUUCCAGCUGUGUAAUGAUUCAGUAGUUGCUCAUGGCAGCUAAACUUUGGAAAUGGCACAGUUAAGGUUAUCAGCGACACCGGCUUCAUGUGGACUCAGGUUUUAUGUUUUUCUCAAUUAAAGUGAACAACUUUUUUUUCCAAAGUCUUCUGACUUUUAUUCGAACUGUCCCAUAAUGCAGCAGUCUUCAUCUUUUGCUAGACUCCUUGCUACGUAAGGCCUCUUGGUCACACACCUGUCAAAUUGUGACUGCACCUUGAAUGGCAGCUGUCGAUGAUGAUGGCAUUGAGGGCCAUUUGUGACUCUGUACAACAACAGUUCCUCUUUAAUGCAUGAAUGUACUGUGAAUAAACAAGCCUGUAAAUGUCUGUGAAACUUUCUUGUAAUAGUUAAUGUUAGAAUUUUAUUAUCGUUUUCAAAUUAAAGUUUCAUGAACAAC